GAACUAACCCGGGCUGCAGUGUUCCAGCCCUGCUGUGUUCCUGCACAGCAGCAUCCACACACUGCAGGGAGGAGUGGGCUGCAGGGGCUGCCUCUUGCACCGAUGCAGCCCCAAGGCUGCAGCUUCAGCUGUGGUGGAAAAGCAGCAAAUGGAACAUUGCAGCUGGGAUUUCCAGAGCAGGAUCUAUGAGAAAAGGUAACUCAGGAAACCGCUGCGGAUUGGGAGCCGGAGCCGCAGCCUUCCCGGAGAGCAGCCAGGGCUGACGGUGCGGGCUUGGAGAGGAGCCGCCUUCCUUGGGGAGACCAUGGCCAGGGCCCGCGGCUGGCACGGCCCCUGGGGCGCCCUGCUGCUGCUGCUGCUGUGCCCGGGCUGCUGCCAGGCGCAGCGGGACUGCACGGGCGCCGAGUGCCAGCCCCUGGAGAACUGCAUCGAGGACGUGCUGGAGCCCGGCGAGUGCUGCGCCACGUGCCUGCAGCACGGCUGCACCUGCGAGGGCUACCAGUACUACGACUGCGUCAACGUGGGCUUCGUCAACGGCAAGGUGCCCGAGGGGCAGUCCUACUUCGUGGACUUCGGCAGCACCGAGUGCUCGUGCCCCAAGGGCGGCGGCAAGAUCAGCUGCCAGUUCAUGCUGUGCCCGGAGCUGCCCCCGAACUGCAUCGACGCGGUGGUGCCGGCCGACGGGUGCCCGCAGUGCGGCCGCAUCGGCUGCCUGCACCAGGGGCAGAAGUACGUGGCGGGGCACACCUUCCACAUGCCCCCCUGCAAGGUGUGCCACUGCCCCAACGCCGGCGGGGAGCUGAUGUGCUACCAGCUGCCCGGCUGCGACGCGUCCUCCCUGAACACGGCCAGCCCGGGGGACGCCGAGGACGGCGAGCCCGAGAGGCACUACGACGAUCCCUACAGCUACGACCAGGAGGCCUCCGAGGGAGACAACACCCAGCUGGAGUCUCCGAAGAAGUUCAGCGCUUACUCGUCCCACCUGGAGCACGAGAGCCUCAGCCACGAGCAGGGCGAGGACUACGACUACCCUGCGGGCAGCGUGGCUCCCUCGGCCGAGCCCCGGGCCCAGGACACGGCCACGGAGCGCGGCGAGCGCCGCCGGCUACCCCGCACCACCGCGCCCUCGCCGCGCCAGGGCACGCGCCAGCAGGCCCCGGCCACCACCGGGGCUGCCCCGCGGCACACCACGGCCACCGCCACGGCCACCACCACGGCCACGGCCACCACCACAAACACCACCCCGGCACCGCAGCGCCCGGAGGAGCUGCAGAGGACACCCCAAGGGAACAAGGAGAGGCACCAGCAAGAAAGAGCCCCCCACUCCAAAACGAAAAAGCACGCCAGGAAGGAGGAGCCAGAGGACAGCGUGUAUCAGGGCUUGGAAGAGGUGAACUCCACAGAGCCGAGCUCAGCAAGGUCACCCCAGGAGAGCCUGGAGGGGAAUGAGUUCCCCAGGGUGAAGUUCAGUGCAAGCACCUCUCCUCCCGUUGCCCUGGAGGAGGAGCGCAGCCAGGCCUCCCCGAAGCAGUCGCAGACGCUGUACCGGUACCAUCCCGAGGAGGACGGCGACCCCAACUCCAUCCACGCCAACCCCAGGCUGCCAGAAGGUUCCACGAAGGAGCUGAUUGAGAGCUGCUGUGGGGCUGGCCAGCAGUGGGCCAUAGACAACGGGGAGUGCACAGAAAUCCCUGUAAGUGGAAUGGAUGGUGAUAUCUGCAGGAUUGCCCAGAAGCAGUGCUGCGUGUCCACGGUGAGGGAGAACAGCUGCCUGGCCGGGAUGGUGGCCGCCAAGGAGGGGGACACGUGCGGCCCCGAGGACAGCGACCCCUGCGUGGGCUCGUCCUACAAGCAAUGCUGCGACUGCUGCAGCCUGGGCCUGCGCCUGAGGAGCGAGGGCAGGAGCUGCGAGUCCAGCAUCAACCUGGGCUACCCCUGCAGCCACGUGCUGCUGUCCUGCUGCCAAGGGGGGGACCACCUGCAGCCCCCCGAGAUCCGGCGGCACCCCCAGCCCCUGCCCACGGCCGCCCCCGAGAAGGUUUCAGAGAGGGAGGAUCCCCACGAGGCGCUGUCCCUGGGCAGCGAGGCCGAGCUGUCCAACAGCCUGCCCGGGGACGACCUGGACGAGUGCCUGCUCUACGGGGGCGAGCUCUGCCAGCACCUCUGCGUCAACACCGUGGGCUCCUACAAGUGCUCCUGCUUCCCCGAGUUCACCCUGCAGGAGGACGGCACCAGCUGCUCCCCAGAUCCUGACAGGGGACAGGCGGCCAGGCUGGCACCUGAGGCCACCAUCCCUCCGGUGGCUUCUCCCUCCCAGCCCAUCCUGGUGGUGUCCUUGCAGGAGGAGCAGGACAAGUGCAAAGAUAAUGGCCCCUGCAAGCACCUGUGCAGCAUCGUGGAGGGAGAUGCAGUGUGCUCCUGCAUGGCUGGGUACACGCUCAUGGCUGACGGCGUUUCCUGUGAAGACUUGGAUGAGUGCCUCACGGGUGCUCAGGCGUGUUCCAGCGGACAGCUGUGUGAGAACACGCUGGGAUCUUUCUCCUGUGCCAGCCCCAGUGGGAGGUGUGCAGAGGGCUUUAUUCUCAACAGGCAUGGGAGCUGCGUUGACAUCAACGAGUGUGUGACAGAGAGACACACGUGCCAGAGGAGAGAGCACUGCGUCAACACCAUGGGCUCCUUCCGCUGCCUGCAGGAGCUGAGCUGCCAGCCCGGCCACGAGCUGCGGGACGGGGAGUGCGUGGAUAUCGACGAGUGCGAGAGAGGGACUCACAGCUGCAAGGUGAACUUUGUCUGUCAGAACACGGAGGGCUCCUUCUACUGCGAGUCCAAGCAGCGCUGCAUGGAUGGGUUCCUGCAAGACCCCGAGGGGAACUGUGUGGAUAUCAAUGAGUGCACGUCCCUGCCUGAGCCCUGUAAGCCAGGAUUCAACUGCAUCAACACAGUGGGGUCCUACACGUGCCAGAGGAACAUGCUGAGCUGCAGCAGAGGCUACCACUCCAACGAGGACGGCACGCGCUGCGUCGAUGUGGACGAGUGCCAGGCCGGGGUGCACCGCUGCGGAGAGGGGCAGCUGUGCCACAACCUGCCCGGGGGCUACCGCUGCGACUGCCGGACGGGCUAUCAGUACGACGCCUUCAGCCGCAGCUGCAUCGACAUCAACGAGUGCUGGAAUUACCCGGGGCGCCUGUGCCAGCACACGUGUGAGAACACCCCCGGCUCCUACCACUGCUCCUGCUCCUCUGGCUUCCGCCUCUCCUUCGAUGGCAAGCACUGUGAAGAUGUGAAUGAAUGUGAUAACAGUCCCUGCAGCCAGGAGUGUGCCAAUGUUUAUGGUUCCUACCAGUGCUACUGCAGGCAAGGCUUCCAGCUGGCAGAAGAUGGGCAUUCCUGUAAAGACAUCGAUGAGUGCUCGCAGAGCGCCGGCAUCCUCUGCACCUUCCGCUGCGUCAACGUUCCCGGCAGCUACCAGUGCGCCUGUCCCGAGCAGGGCUACACCAUGGCAGCCAACGGCAGGACCUGCAGAGAUGUUGAUGAGUGUGCAAUAGGAACCCACAACUGCUCAGCUGCAGAGACCUGCUACAACAUCCAGGGCAGCUUCCGCUGCCUGUCCUUCGAGUGCCCUUCCAACUACAGGAAGGUGUCAGACAUGAGGUGCGAGCGCGUCGGCUGCUUCAACUACCUGGAGUGCCAGAGCACGCCGGUGCGCAUCACCUACUACCAGCUCAACUUCCAGACCAACAUCGUGGUGCCGGCUCACAUCUUCCGCAUCGGGCCCUCGCCCGCCUACGCCGGGGACAGCAUCGUGCUCUCCAUCACCAAGGGCAACGAGGAGGGCUUCUUCAGCACCCGCAGGCUCAACGCCUACACCGGCAUCGUCUACCUGCAGCGCCAGGUCAAGGAGCCCAAGGACUUCCUGCUGGACGUGGAGAUGAAACUCUGGCGCCAGGGAACCUACACCACUUUCCUGGCCAAAAUCUACAUUUUCAUCACAGCUCACGCCUACUGAAGCCUGUGCUGGCGUUGGAUUUUAUUGGUGCUAUGCUCUUUAACUGUUCUACCAAAGCUUAAUACCGUUGAACUGGCGUUUCGUGUAUCUAGCCUUUAUAUUAUUUUUCUGUCGUUGCUUUAAACUUUCUUAUUGGUUGUGUAAAUUAAGUUAAUUUUUAUCUUUUUACGUUCUGUUUUCUUACGCGAUUCUGUACAUCGUCAUCUGCCAACGAACGGAGGAAGGGCUGGAAAGGCAGUACAGACCUUGUGAUAAAUGCAGGAACCUUUUCUUCGCAGUUAUUUUUGGGUGUAGUCACUUCUGCAGGGUAUGGCACCAGAGAGGGAAGGUGUUCUCGUGGGAGUACUGGGAAAAAACCACGGGAUGAUUUCUCUUCCUGGCACUAAGCUCUGGUUUGGCCGGGCCAGUGGCCUCGCUGGGGUGUCUGUGCUGAGGAGCUCAGUCCAAGGCCACCCCUGGACACUGAGGGUGACCCCACCUCCUGCUCCCGGGUCAUUUUCCUCCUUCCAACUUGCAUAAUAUGUUGCCUUAAAAUAUAUAUAAAUAAAAGGAAACUCCACCAGUGACAAAGCCUAUGGGUGAGUCUUGCUUUAGAGGGAGUGCUCAUGUGCUGAAUAUUUGCAAGACCAAGGCCUUACCAGAGUGCUACACUUCAAGGUAAAAGCUCAAAUUGCCAUUUUUAGUAGUUGUCUUUAAAGAUGUUGGUGUUCCUCUGUUCCUCACUCUAUAAUAUGUAAGUGCAGAUUUGAAGCUUUGUAAUUCUUAAAGGAAUGUCCAAAUGGAAAUAAUGAAAUAAUAAUUACUGUUCCUUAUUUUAAAGCUUGGGCAUAUCCCUGAGCAAUAACUUGCAAUUUUAAAUAGACAAAGAGGGGAUUUGCUUCUCUGCUUCAGGAAAAUGCCUCCAGUUGUGUUGCCAAAUGAUGCAGAGGAAAAUGCCAGUGAAAUUGGUGGGUUGUAUUUUGCCAUUUAGAAAAGAGCACAGCCAAAGCUUUGAGCUCAAUUUCCUCUGGUUCUUCAGGGAACUGGAUGAAGUCCAAAGUUGGAGGCCAGAUCUGGCAAAGCAUAAUGUAAUCAAAGUAUUUAUUAGAAUUUAGAAAUGAAUAUCAGAACUUCUUUGUGGCUGGUUUUUUUUUUUUUCCCUUCCCCAGAAAGCUCCAGUGUUGCAAUUCUCUGAGCUUCCUUUGUUCCAGCUGUAAGUACUCUGCAAAAUGUUUUAAAGCAAAAACAUAGCUACAAGAUAUGGAUGUUUAUUUCUCUGCAGUUUAAUAAUCCUCGAAUCCCAGGUUGGAUGGGACCUCAAGGAUCAUCUGAUCCAACCUUUCUUGGCAAAACAAUAACCAGUUCCUUUCUACAGUCGAUCUUAUUUUUAUCAUGUGUACACAAAAAGAAAUAGAGAAAUUAAAUCUAACACGUUUUUAUGCCAUAUUCAGCAAUUUUAUUAUGUUGUAAAAAUUGCCUCUAAAGAUCUUGUAAACAUCACCUGUAUGGUGAGAGUUAAUGUUCUGUAUUCGCUAUAUCCCCAGGCCAGUCUCUACCACUUCAAGUCACUCCUUUAAUUUGGACGUCCUUAAAAUAAAGGGCAAAUCUUUCUGUAUCUGAGAUCAUAAAAUGCCAUUAGCAGGGAAAAAUUAUUUAUGUUCCCCAGCUGUAAAACAAGGACUAUCAGUGAGCUUGCAUACAUCACAUUUCUCUUUGUUUUGUUUUGGUUUUUUUCUAUAAAAACCAUUUAGUAAAAGAUCUUCUUCCAUCCAUCUUUUGUUUUC